AUGAGUGUCUCCACGAGCGCGCACGCGUCUACUUGGCGCGAGGAAAAGCAUGAACACGCCAAGGACGUCGCCAGGGCAUUGCGCGCGCGAUGUCUUGAACGAAACAUAGACAGCAUUUUUGAGUUGGACGAGUUCACCGACGAGGCGUUGUUCACGCAGCUCGGCGAGAGCUUACUCGGCGCGAGCGGGCGAGUCCCGGCGAAAUCGUUCAAGCACAGCGCCCACUUCAAAAGCAUCGUGAAGCACGAGUACGAUGCGAUGUACGGGGACGUUCGCGAGUCGAAGAGCGACAGCGAAGAGUUGGCGUCGCCGCGAAAGUCGCCGCCGACGCGAACGUCCCCGAGACGUCGACGCGAAGACACGACGACGGUGUUCGAGCGUUGGAAGGCGCGACUUCGAGUGUUAGAGGACGUGAUAACGUUUGUGGCUCUCCUUGCGGUGUGUUUUGUCGCUGGAAUAUUGCUUUGCGACGUUUGCGAGAAUCAUUUCCAAGAGCUCGCGAAACCGGCGACGAGGGAAGACGACGCGUCUCCGUUCGCGACGCCGUAG